GCAGCCGCUAGGGGCAGACGUAACAUUAGGAUGUUAAAGCCCAGGCGAGGGCGGUAGGCUUGGGAUACUAGGAGAUGUAGAAAUCCGUAUAGUGUUCUCGGGUGGGAUGACAGGACGGCAAAACCAAGCCACAGCUAGCCGAGGACAAAAUGUACUAGUUCGUUAACCAGGUGGUUUAGUAAGUAAUCGGCUAACUAUGUAAAACUAGACAAUAAUGUAGCGGCGGUUCGUUGAAGGUGGGGUCAAUGUAGAAAUAGUUUGGGAUUGUUGUCACAAGCAGUUAAGGCUAACUUUUAGUACGUUAGCAACGCAGAGUUAGCUGGCUAAUGUUAAAACUGGGGGAAAACCCAUUCAAGUUAACUCAAGCAUAACCAGUUUAAUGUGACCCAGCGGUUGUAGCGCACCCUUAGAAAAGAUUUACGGACAAAACAGCGGUUGGAAAGUUUAACUCGCGCCCAGAAAUCAUGGCGUCGGUGCAGUUUGACUCGACUGCAUAUGCACAGGAGCAGAUUUGACUCUGGGUUGUCCACAACCUCGCUGACGUUAGCUGUCCCGGCUAGAAGGCUAGUUUUUUUUUUCUUCUUCUUAUGCUACCAUGGACAAAAUGGAAAACGGCCGUCGAUCUGUGGACACUGGGAGCAUCAGGACUCUUAGCAGCAGUCACAUUGACGACGAAAGCUCCUUGGGAUCCGACUCUGAGAUCAACGGCUUCGCCAGCGAAAGGCAGGCGGAUAAAUAUGGAUUUAUUGGUGGGGCGCAGAAGUACUCAGAGGACACAGCUCAGGAUAUACCUCCAGCGGUGCUCAGGCAAAGAGAGGUGAAGUGGCUGGACAUGCUGUGCCACUGGGACAAGUGGAUGAUCAAGCGAUUCAAUAAGGUGAGGCUGCGGUGCCAGAAAGGAAUUCCUCCUGCCCUCAGAGGCCGUGCAUGGCUCUACUUGUCUGGUGGGAAGGUGAAGAGAGAGCAGAACCAAGGAAAGUUUCAGGAGCUGGAUAGCCAGCCGGGAGACCCCAAAUGGCUUGAUGUAAUUGAGAAAGACCUCCAUCGACAGUUUCCUUUUCACGAGAUGUUUGUGUCACGGGGAGGACACGGGCAGAAGGACCUGUUCCGUGUUCUUAAGGCUUAUACUCUCUACAGACCAGAGGAGGGAUACUGCCAGGCCCAGGCUCCUAUUGCUGCAGUGCUGCUUAUGCACAUGCCUGCUGAGGAUGCUUUCUGGGGGCUGGUCCAGAUCUGUGAGAAGUAUCUUCCUGGUUACUACAGUCCUGGCCUGGAAGCUAUACAGUUAGAUGGAGAGAUACUCUUCGCCCUGCUGCGACGCGUCUCCCCUCUAGCCUUCCGGCAUCUGGAGAAACAUAAGAUCGACCCCAUCCUCUACAUGACUGAAUGGUUUAUGUGUGCCUUCUCCAGAACCCUACCCUGGGCAUCGGUGCUGCGCGUCUGGGACAUGUUCCUCUGCGAUGGAGUGAAGAUAAUUUUCCGAGUGGGCUUGGUGCUACUCAAGUGCAUGUUGGGAACUCGUGAGAAGCUUAAGGCCUGCCAAGGCCAGUAUGAGACCAUGGAGCUUCUCAGGGCGAUAGAGCCUCGAUACAUGCAGGAGGGUUUCCUUGUUCAAGAGAUUCUCGAGGUGCCGGUGACGGCGCGAGACGUGGAACGAGAGCAUCACACCCAGCUCAAGCGCUGGAAGAAGAACCGCGGGGAGCUCAAUUUCAAACCGCCUCCGAGAAUGCACGGCGCUCGGAUCAUCAUGCUGGCUGAGCCACCCAGGCGUCAGGACCUGCAGCAGAACCCCACCAUUGUACUUGAAGUGCCUCAGACUACCCCACAGCUGCAGAAGGGCAAGGAGGAGAAGAAGAGUAAGAAAAAGAAGAGCAUGAAAAAAUCCCAGCCCACAGAGGAGAUUCCCAAUCCUUACCCUCUUCUCAGUGACCCUCAAUCGUCAUCCACAGAACCGCCUGCCCCGCCUCCAGGCAACAGUGUGACGCCAGAGGCUGCGGCGCAGACUGAAACGGACUCAGCUGGAGAGCAGAAAACACCUCCUACAGACCUCCCCUCUGCCAAAGAAUCUACUCUUCAGCGAUCUACACAAAGCCUCAGCAGCACAGAGCAGGACACAUACUUGUAGCUCUGAAAGUGUGUGGGUGAGUGGGUGUGGACAAAGCACCAGCACUCUUCCGUCAACAACCAGCCAGCCUUGCCGAAGUCUCUGAGUGGCCAGCAUAACCUAUUUUUUUUCUAAUAUCGGACUACUUUGUAUGCAUUUGCUCAUUUCCACACAAGUUUGCCUUUGAUAUUAACAGCAUACACUAAAGCACCUUUACCAUGUAUAAAACUACUUAAAUGCUUUUGCUAUUUGUCACUACAGAGCUGACGGAUGCUUCCUCUUAAUGCUUGAUUCUCUUAUUUAGACCAUAAGUCUUAGUAUUGUUUUUUUGGAAGGGAGACAAGUUACUGCUUUACUGAGGGCAGUGUAUUUUAAGUGUUCGGUAAUCUUAGUAAGGUGCCGGAUUUCUUGCAGUUUAUGCGGUUUUUUCACUUGUAAUAAUGUGCAGCAGAGGAUGUAAACUCCUGAUGCACGCGCCACACAUUUCAGCCUCUCAAGUCUUUGUAUUUCAUUUUGGGGGAGGGGGGUUUCCACUAGAGGGCAGCCUUGCAGCUAUACAUGCUCUUAGGAGAGGCAACCACAGCGAGGAUGGGAUUCAGUAAAAUUGGGAGUAGGUACAAGCGUACUUCUCUGAAGUUGAGAUUACAUUUUCUCACAGUGAAAAAUUUUAUUAAAUUUAGCGACUGAAGUGGCGAAUGUAAGGAAGUCUUUUCCAACAAGCGCGAGUUAUUUAAAUACAAUUUAAAACAUGGAGGUGUGUGUGUGUGUGUGUGUGUGU